GCAGUGACUGAUGCUGAGAGGGAGGGAGAUGGGGGGGAAAAAACAUUGCAUUUUAUCGUGAUGGGCGUUUUAUUGCAAUGCAAACGGGGAAGUUUUAUGAAUGCACGCUCUAUUAUCCAUCUAAGUCAUUUUAUGUUGUUAGGAAUCCAAUGAGGCGUUUUGACUCUUUUGCAGUAUCUUGCUAUUGCAUCAAAUGCAUCCUUUUGUGGGCCCUUGACGGUCAUCUGGUUGACUUCUAACACCUUCAUCAAAUAGGUCAUUCUGAGCAGAAAGGCACCAUGCUGACCAGUAUCACUGAGGGGAUACUUUGCUGCCUAACCGGGAAGGCAGCCCGUCUCGUUCUGCCUCUGGAGUCGACAGCACCCUCCAAUGGCUUUGAAUUUGUGGAGGUGAAACCUGGCAGAGUCCUGCGAGUGCGCCAUAUCGUCCCUGAACGUCAGCCUGUUGUCAGCGACGAGCAUGUCGCAGGGAAAGAGCAGAAGGAUGGUGAGCGUGAUCGCUCCUCUGAGGACACCAACAGUGGUGUCCACUGCAAGAGGAAGAUCACAGUCUACCGUAAUGGUCAGCUGGUCAUUGAGAACCUCGGUGAUGUUUUGCACUCUGAGAUCCUUCAGUGUCAGGAUGGUGACCUGGAACCGUGUAGUACUGUCGAAGUGGAGCUUGCUGACUACAAGGAAAUGCCCUCUUCCCCGGAUCCUAACCCAGUUCCCCCUCCUGUUCCUCCACCUCCUGGCGAGCAAAAGCCUGCCCCGCCUCCUCGCCGCCGUCGCCGGAAGCCCAAACGCACUGUACUGAUCGACUCCAAGAGAGUGAUCACAAGCUGCAAGGGGACGCACUCGGACGUAGCGCUGUUCUUUGUGCACGGCGUUGGAGGCUCGUUGGACAUAUGGAGCAGCCAGCUGGACUUCUUCUCUCGGCUGGGCUAUGAGGUCAUUGCACCAGACUUGGCGGGGCAUGGAGCCAGCACCGCCCCGCAGAUUGCAGCGGCUUACACUUUUUAUGCCCUGGCUGAGGACCUGCGUGCCAUCUUCAAGAGAUAUGCUCGGAAACGCAACAUUCUCAUUGGCCACUCGUAUGGAGUGUCGUUUUGCACAUUCCUGGCCCACGAGUAUCCCGACCUUGUCCACAAGGUGGUAAUGAUCAACGGAGGAGGUCCCACAGCUUUGGAGCCCAGCCUCUGUUCCAUCUUUCAGCUGCCAUCUUGUGUCCUCCACUGUCUUUCACCCUGUCUGGCCUGGAGUUUCCUCAAAGCUGGAUUCGCUCAUCAGGGUGCCAAAGAAAAGCAGCUGCUGAAGCAGGGCAAUGCCUUCAAUGUGUCUCCAUUCGUGCUGCGUGCCAUGAUGAGUGGGCAGUACUGGCCAGAGGGGGAUGAGGUUUACCAUGCUGAGCUCACAGUGCCCAUCCUUCUGGUUCAUGGCAUGUGUGACAAGUUUGUGCCCAUGGAUGAAGACCAGCGCAUGGCAGAGAUCCUCCUGUUUGCCUUCCUAAAAGUCAUAGAGGAAGGAAGUCACAUGGUGAUGAUGGAGUGUCCCGACACGGUCAACACCCUCCUUCAUGAGUUCUUCCUAUGGGAGCCCGACAUGUCCAAAAAAGACAGCAACAAGACAGACACAGACAAGCCUGUAGCAGUCAGUGACACUCUCCACACACUGAGAAUCAAUAGGUCCAUGGACAAAUAGCCAACGAUUCAUUUGGGGCUUUUGUCGCAGAAUUAAGCAGACGGCCUUUUUAUGGCGGUUGUCAAAUGUUCUUCAGGCUGCUUCCCGGCUAAGAGCUGUUACAUACAAGGCCACACAUCUCAAGGAUGAGGGCGGCCACUGGUGCUCUGAGAUAAAGCUGGAAUAGUGGCGCACUGCCAGCAAGAGAAUAAUGGAUGGACUUGAAGAUGAGAGGAACUGAUGCAAACAAUGUUGUGCUUUUUUUUAAAAAAAUCUAUACAGUAUAUAUACAGUAUACAUAUAUAUUUUUGUGUUCCAUGUCAGCAAAAGGACACACAAGUGGAAGUGAUGAGAAGUGUGUCAUGAAAUGCAAAAGUCAUGAAAUCUGAAUGGAUUUCUGAAUGGAAUGCAUAUUUUAUAUUCUACAAAAUGCUGCAGAUGCAAAGCUUACUGACCCAGCACUGGGUCAUUCACCAAAUUCUGGAUGACUUUUCUUAUGGGAAGCGACUCAAAGGUAUGCAUAUGUUUAUUUCAGAGUAAUGGAAUAAUCCAGACAUAUACUAUAACUCAUAUACUGCACAGUAUGCUAUUUUUUGACUCACAGAGUUGUUUAAAUGGUUCCACAUAUUGUUCACAUAUUGUAGAGCAACCAAAAAUCUAUGUGUGCACAUGUUAUUAACCACAUAGUUGCAUGAAGAUUUAAUAAUAUUCAACAGAUCUACGAAACACGCUGUACAUAAACAAAUUUAAACAAAUUCAUUUCUUCAGUAUUUCAUGUUAUACAAUAUCCAACCGAUACAGUAUUGAGGCCCAGCAUGAAUGCAGAAUACGGCAGUCGCAUUAUAGUCAUGUUGAUAAUUACUCCAUGCACUUCUCCUUAAUCAGAUUGUGUCCCUCUGUAUAUAUAAAUAUAGUUUUGCAUUUAUUCGGAAAUACCAGAAGCCAAGUCGAAUGAUGUGCAAUUGUGAUGACUGCUUCAGGCGUUUGUGUCUUCGACAAUUAAUGCAAACUCUCCAAUCCAUCCUCUUCAUCUUAAAAUGGGCUCAAUAUUUUGCUCACUCCAAGACAUUCAUUCAUGGGUGUUGCUUUGUCUCAUAGUGGGACACAAGUAAGAAAGCACAGUUGUUUAUGCACUCAGACGGUGGUUAUCUGUUCUAUACAGUUUGCGUUCGAGAAGGUGUGAAAUGAUGGUUUAGAAACUGGUUGUACAAUGUGUAAAAUCAAAUUUGCCUCAAAUGAAAGGGGAGUCUUGUUCUUUAAAUAUACUCACAUUAAGUAUAUACAUUUGAGAGAACAGAUGCAACGAGAAUGUUUGUAUGCAAAUAAAGUGAAAUUGAGUGGAACUAAACUGACUCACCACUGACACCAAACUAAACUAUUACAAACAAAAAAAAAACGACGCCAAUGUAGUGUUCUGUGCUUUAUGUCUAUUUUAAUGUAAAAGGUCAGUCAAACUUUAUGGACAACAGGGUGCACAUGUAUUUCCUCCUCUGGUCAAAAUGUGCAUACUUAUUGUCAGUGAUCCAGUGUGCUAUAUCUUCUUGUGAUUAACAAAAUGUGUUAAUGUUAUUAUUACAUUUAUCCACUGGGAUCAUAAGAUAUGCACUGCUUGAAUGUGGAUACAUAUGAAAUUCUAUAGCCUAUCAACACAGUUGGAUUUGUUGUAAGAAUGUGCCUUUCCCGGCAUGAAAUAAA